CUUGUAAAACGUUCUCUCGAAUCGCAUUUUAGUUAUGAAACCAUAAUUAUGAUUUUAGCCAAUAAAAGUUUAGUGACAGCCAAUCAGAAACUUCAAAAGUAUUAGUAUACUGUGGAUCUUCGUCAUAACAAUCGCAACAACAAUAAAUUGAUUUAAACUAGCUAAACCUAUACAUAAAUCCGAUACCCACAGCACUUAUUUUUUGUCACAUGUGUACUGCAGCAACAAAUCACAGCUGUGCACAGUAUAGAAAUACUGUACUAUUAUUGAUGAUUGAUUGGUGAUGCUUUUGGAUAAUUCAAAUAAAAUAUUUAUGAAAAGUGGAAAGAGCUUACAUUAAACAUAAAGUGGUAAAGUAGUAAACAUACAUCAUGGCAUCUGACGAGGACAUAUUGGAUACAUCUAAACUAAGGUUGUCUGGAGACUUUGAGGAGCAAGUGCAAGAGCUCAUGGAAUAUAUCCGAAUGACCAGAGAGCAAGUGGAACGGUUGGAUUGGCUGUUUCAAGACUUGUUUAACACUCUCAACUCAGUGUGGAAUGGUAUUCGUGUUGUGGGCUUUGGAUCAGUUGUAACCGGACUGGGUAUCAAAACCAGUGAUGUGGACUGCUACAUAGAGCUUCCGAGUUGGCUGUACCCGCCAGAGAAGUCCUUCGUCAUUAAAGCUAGGAACACUUUAAUGCAGCACAACCAUAUAUUCAAAAACGCUUACGCAAUCGUACACGCCAAAGUGCCCAUAGUGCAGUUUUACCAUGUACCAAGCCAAAUUAACUGUGACAUCAACUUCAACAGUCCAGGAGGAGUGGAAAACAGUAAAUUAAUCAGAUAUCUAUUGGACUCUGAUAAAAAAGCAUUAAAAUUGGCAGUUCUCAUCAAAUAUUGGUCUAAAAUACACAAUUUGACUGGCACAAAUCUUAUGCCAAGCUACUGCUUGACCCUCCUCGUUAUAUUUUUUCUGCAACAGUGCAACAACUUACAUUCGGUACAAUAUUUACAGCAGAAUGUUGAAAAGAUGUAUAUUGACAAUUGGAACUCUGCCUUUAGUACACCGGACUACAUUAACAGUGAGAACAAUAAAUCAAUGUAUGAACUGUUAGGGGAAUUUUUUAAAUAUUACAAUUCUUUUGAGUUCGAAAGUGAUAUAAUCUGUCCUUAUUUGGGAAGGCCGAUAAAAAGAGAAUACUUUGCAAAAAUUGAAACAAUUCCGUCAGAAUUCGCGUUAUAUAAAACAAACGUGGGGACAAAGAAUUACAAGCCAAUAAGACUGGACACUGUUAUGUGUGUGCAAGACCCCUUUGAACACAACAGAAACUGUGCAGUGGCCGUGUAUCCAAAGUUGGCACUUCAUAUCAAAACUCUAAUAUCUACUGCUGCUUUUAUUUACGAAAAUGAAACUGAAGAAGAUUUCUUACCUAAACUAUUGCAAAAACAAAAUGAAUUGCCUCCUAGCAAGAAAAAACACAAACAACGUCCUAAACUGAACGGUGUGGCGAAGAAUUACAGACGUGAGCAAAAUAUAAGACACUUCAAUCAGAAUUUAAGGCAAAAAUAUUUCAGAGGUAAAAAUAGGCGACACUGGAGAUAAGUAAUAAAGUAUUGUUCAAGCC